AUGAACACCCAGACGGCAAAGAGAUUUGCCUGCGACCGAUGCCGAGAACAGAAGCUCAAAUGUCCCCGGAGCCAGCCCGACGCCGUCACAUGCGAACGCUGCCUGCGCCUGGGAGCAAUGUGUGUCACGAGCAUCGGAAGACCGCUCGGCCGGCCCUCGACGCACGCAAAUAACGGCCGUGCCGGGGACAUUCGAUUUCUCUACGCCGUCCGAAACGGUUUGCCACCGGCGCAUGAUGGCAGCCAGCCGCUCGACUCCCAGCAGUUCUUCCAGCCCAACAGCACCGCCUCCGCCACAUGGCUAGACACUUCCAAUUUUCCGACUGCUGAUUCUGCCUCCGACGACUCCUCGGCAAGAGCAAGCUCACACGUCUUCUCCGACCUGGGCGUCCCGGACCUCGGCUUCGACAUGGCGGAGCCACUGAGCAGGAACCUCCAUGAGCCAAUGGCAACAGAGGAUGUCCAAGACAAGGCCGCCGGCCCACCAAGUUCUGGUGACCCGGGGGCCUACGUGAUCGGUCUCCUCGGCAGCAUCUCCCUGCAGAUAGCAGAGCUCAAGGACCAGCCCUGGGAGCCGUGGAAUCCCCAUCUUACAAAGGAUGCUUUCCAGAACGGCAGAGACAUGGACUCCCCACGAGGCCGGGAUCUUAAGGUUUGGAACGACGUGUUGAACGUAAUGAUGCGAUUCGCCACGGUUCUUGAGACGAUGAAUUCUGCACCAUCGCCAGCACUGUCGUUGACAUUUAUGCUCUUGUCGACGUACGUUCAGCUCGGGGAGCUCUUUGAGCUCAUAUUCAAUCGCAUGAGCAGAUGUCUGCGCGAGGGGUCCGGAUCGGCAGCGGCACAGCAGCAGCAGCAGCAGCCGACAUGCAUACAGCUCAUGAUGAUGACGCAGGUGUUUGAGUACCAGAUGCAUACGGUGGAGCAGCUCAUGGGUCUACCAGCAGAAUUCAGGGUCUGGGACCGUCUUGAUGGUGAGGGUGAGGAUCGCUCGGGGAUUCUCGGUCGCCAGGACACGGCUGAGAUUGUUCGGUCCACAAUGAGGCGGACGAGAGAGACGUUUCAGAGCAUCAGACAGGCUAGCAAUCGUAUCAAAGGUUCUUCUUCCUGA